AUGGAGCUGGCGCAUAGGAUUCGAUAAAUAAUGAAUCAUUGUUUCUUUAAGAAAGGCCCGAAGAAGAAGUAUUUACGGCGGGGAUAUCCAGGCUCGCAACGGAAUCAAAAUUAUGGCCAGUGGUGUUCUCAGUUGAAGUAUUGGGGUUUUGGAGGUAAAGUAAACAAUUUUCAACAUGCCUCGUUACAAGGACGAUACCCCUGCCGUUCGCGUAUAUACGGUUUGUGACGAAUCGAGAUAUUUGAUUGUGAGGAAUAUUCCCGCGCUUGGAUGUGGCGACGAGUUGUUGAAACUGUUUGCCACUUAUGGAGACGUUGAAGAGUAAAUGUAAACCAAUGGAUGCAGAAGAUUGUGAGCAAUUCACUGAUGUUUAUUGGAUCAAAUUUCGACUCAUCAGCAAUGCCAGGUUUGCAAAGAGAAAAUUGGAUGAGUUUGUUUUCUUGGGGAACCGGUUGCAGGUCUCAUAUGCUCCUCAAUUUGAGAGCCUUGAUGACACUGAGGAUAAGUUAGAAGGCAGAAGAAAGGAAGUCCUUGCAAGAUUGAAUACUCCAAGAUCUAAAGGGCAUCCAGUUCAUCACCUGUUCCCCGCCGGUGAGGCUCCAUCGCUUGCUGGUUCAUCUCAGCAGAUUCCCAAGCAGAUAAAUUCAGGGCUGAGGGAUGUUGGAGAUUCAGAGUACAAGUCUCACGCUAAUAUUGCUCCAAUAACAAGAGUAUCAUCUGACAAGGAUUACUUCCCCUCACAGUCAAUGAAUCAGACAGUUAAAAUGGUCAGGGACAAACUCAAUAAGAUUCAAUCAAGCACUGAGCAUUUACAAGCUGAACCUGCAUCCAAGAAAACAAGAGUGGACAAUAGAAGAAGAAUCUGAUGAGGUUUCUAGGAUCAAGUAGGGGGCUGGAUAUGAAAAGUGUGAUAGUUUCAUCUUGCCACAGCAAAUAUUUUUUUCUCCUGAUGUCUUAUCCAUGAUAUAUAUAUAUAUAUAUAUUGUAAAUCUUGGUACAACAUAAACAUCUUUUGAUUUAUUUGAAAUUUUGUAGUUGAUAAUUUGAAAUGAAUCACUCUGGCAUUCAAGAAUUACUAGUAUACAGUACAACUUAAAUUGGUUUCUGACAAUCUUGGCCUCAGCCAAAGCAGACAAAGGAGGAAAUGGAGUAAAGUUUCACUCUGUCUGAAUGCAGUUAGGGUAUGGUGUCCCUAGUUUACUGGGAAUGCGCAGUGUACAAGAAAGGCAGAAAAAGGAGGAAAGCAACAAGUGGAGCAUAGCUGGAAAGGAAAGGAAAGGAAAGGAAGUAGUCGACGAUGUUUUUGGUUUUGGAUUGAGGUUUGUCGACAGUGUCAGUUACUCAUUGAUGAGAGCUUUGAUCUUCUCCAAGUUUUGUUGCACUUUGUGACCUGCCUGAACCAACAAGCUUGUGCAUCAUGCGGGAGAGGAAACAAUAGGGUAUAUUUUAUCGAAAUGUUAACAGCAAAAUAGACAACAAGGAUAAAGACAAAGGCAACACUCCCAGCGAAUGACGAACUUUAUUUCCAGAAAUGUUUUUUUCCCUUUCGGUUUAUUUAGUGUUGUUUGUUGUUUUUCUUUUCACCACUUUGUCUUUCCAUACAUGUCAGAACAUCAAGAGCAAAACUGCAGACUUGGCCAAUGACA